AGCAGACAGUCACCUACCCACAGCAUCCAGGAGUGACGGACUGCAAACACAGCUUCUGAGAGGUCCGAGGCACCAUGGAGGAUGGAAAGGGAGGGUCCAGAAAGGGCCGGAAGUUGGCGUCCAGUCGCCGGAGGCGGAUACGAGAACCAGCGGAUGGUCAGGAUGCCCCCGAGGCCCCGGAGCCUGAGUCCUGGUCCUCUCAGGCCAAUGAAGAGCUGUGGUCUUUCUUCCGAGACUGCGGUGCCGAAGAGAGGGGCUUUGUCACCCGCGAGGACCUGGCGGAGGUCAAGUUCAGCUUCCUGGGGAGCGAGGAGCCGCAGAUGAUAUUUGACUGGGUAGACGUCGAGAACAGGGGCCGCUUGUCGCUGGACGAAUUCAGCUCCGGACUCAAAAAUGUCUUUGGCUCCAGCCCCAGUACCCACAGGCUCCGCAGAAAGCGGCUGGCGCUCUCUCAACCGGUAUCUGCGACCUUCAACUUGCCUGCCCUCGAGGAGGCCGAUGCCAAGGAGAAGGAGGCCUUCCUGGCCCUUGUAGGGCAGAUGGGGACUGGCCACUCCCUUUCUGAGCAGGCUGAGCUCUGGAAGCUGUGGGGGGAGCUGCGGCAGGAGGAGCCCCAGCUGGCAGGCGAUUUGGAGGGCUUCCUGGCCAAGAUGAGCGGUCGCCUGCGGGAGGCAAGGGCUGACCGGGAGGCACUGGAGCAGACCCUGAAGAAGCGAGCCUCUGACCAUCUCCACAAGGUGAGACAGCUCUAUGAGGAGACGGAGGAGCAGAUCCGCAGGGAGAAGCAGCAGCUGCAGGCCCAGAGCGACUCCCGGGGCAUGGCCCUCAGCACCCACAUGCAGGAGACUCUGGAGGCCAAGGAGCAGGAGGUUCAGCGGCUGGCAGCGGGCCAGAGAGAGCUGGAGGCACAGCUCCUCCACCUCAGCAGCACCCAGCAGGAGGCCAGCCGGGAGAACUUGCAGCUGCGCGAGGCUGAGCGUGCCUUGGCUGGGCAGUUAGAAGAGGUGCGGGGACAGCUGCAGGUGACAAGGGGACAUCUGAACACUGCCAGGGGCCGAGUGUCCUGGCAGGCAGAGGAAGAACCAAGUGUCCCCAGAGAAAAUAAGACGGCCCCAGACCCUCAGGCUGUCCCCACUGAGGAGACCGAGACCCCAUUGCCUGAGCUGUUUGGGGACAAUGACGACUGGGACCAGCUUCUGAAUAGAUUUGGAGACAAUUCCCACCGAGCCCUGCAGCUUUGCUGGAGCCCACCCCCAACCCCGGGUGGCACCUCAGGCCCCCAGACUUCCCGGAUAGUUAGGCAGAUCUCCAUUUCCAAUAUACAUGCUUUACAGUUUGCUUGGGAGCCAACCUCAGAUCCAGACCCAGGUCCCGAAAGCCCCGCCCGGGUGCCUCCCAGUGUCAAGGACAGGAAAGGGGUGGAGGACCCCGAGGGGCAGGGUGGGCAGGAUGGCAGUUCUCAGCAGACUGUGGACACCCCUGACCUGGAAGCUAGGCCCAAGUCCCCCCUCCUCUGGAGCCUGCCAGGAGCCCAGGCUGGGGAGUCUGGGAGCAUGGAGUCAGCGGUUUUCAGAGUGCCGCUUGCUUCUGGGGCUGAGCCUCGUCCUCAGGGCCUCUCUCCUCCUCCUCCUCAGUCCCCACUUGGGUCCCGAAAACAGACCCAGGCCCCAGAUCUGGGUGACAAGAGCCUCUGGCCUGGACCUGACCCAGCCAAGCUGCCUAUGGAAAGAGAGGUCCUGACAAAGGACCUGAAGCUUGGCAUAGGGUCCCAGGGAGCCAUGACUCUCCCCAAGGGGGCCGCGGAGCCCUCCCCAAGCCUGGAGCCUGUGGGCCAGGUACCCACAGAGACACCAGUGGAGGGUGAGGCGCACCUGACCACACAGGAGAGUCAUCCUAGGGGCUUCCCAGAAGCCCAUGGCCAGGUCCUGAGGCUGGAUAGCCUGUCUACCCACCUCCUCCAGAGUCCCAAAGAGCAGCCCAGACCUGAGGGAGGAAACUCAGGAGACAGAGGCCAGGAGCACCUGGGGUCAGAACAGGCCGAUGAGGCCCAUGGCCUGGAAGCCAGGAACCCAGAGUUACCCCAACAAGAUGAUCCCCUGCCUGACACAUCACAGACGCCCGCUGAGGCAGAAGUCCCUGCUCCUGGCAAAAUGUCUCCCCUCAGAGGCUCUCCCCUCAUGGGGCCUGAGGCUGGGCUUGCAGGAGGUGCCCCAGAGACCACAGAAGCCCUCCUCACCUUGGCUGAACCGGAAGCUCAGCCCGGGCCCAUGUCCGUGCCUGUUCAGGUGGAGAGAAAGCCCGGCACCCCUCAGCCCACGGAGCAAGGGGCAGAGAGCAGGCCGGAAGACCCAGGAACAGGCUCCGGGGAGGCUGAACUGACUUCCCCCGGGGACCUCACCGCUGGCAAGUCUCAGGCUGACCCCGACUACCUCUACCAUGUCGUCUUCCUGGGGGACUCCAAUGUGGGCAAGACCUCAUUCCUACACCUGUUACAUCAUGAUGCCUUUGCCACCGGGCUGACAGCCACCGUAGGAGUGGAUUUUCGGGUCAAAACCCUGAUGGUAGACAACAAAACCUUCGCGCUGCAGCUGUGGGACACAGCUGGACAAGAGAGGUACCACAGCCUCACACGGCAGCUGCUUCGAAAGGCGGAGGGCGUGGUGCUCAUGUAUGACGUCACCUCCCGAGAGAGCUUCAACCACGUGCGCUACUGGCUGGACUGUCUGCAGGAUGCAGGUGCAGACAGGGUGGCCAUGGUCCUUCUGGGAAACAAGAUGGAUUGUGAGGAGAAGAGGCAGGUGCCCGCUGACGCCGGGAGAAGGCUAGCUCAGGAGCUGGGGAUCCCCUUUGGUGAGUGCAGCGCUGUCCUGGGUCACAACAUCCUGGAGCCCCUGAUGAGCCUGGCUCGGUCACUGAAGAUGCAGGAGGACCGCCUGAGGGCCUCGAUGGUGGAAGUGACCCCCGAGGAGCCACCCAAGAGAGCUGGCUGCUGCCGCUGAUCACCAUUCUGGUCCCAUCACGACUGUCCCUUCCUAUGGUUUCCAUUCUGCUUCCUGGACACAGCCGUGACACAGAAGCCCUGCAGGGGACAGUGUCACCUCCACUCCACUGAGCAAACGUGGCUGGAGUGGAUGGCAGGACAAGUCUAGAAACCCCACCCAAGGAAAGUGCCCCCAAAUCUUUCAUUCACCCCAUGGCAAGAUGCCAGGGCAUUCUAGUUUCAUUUCUGCUGUGAUAAAUGCUGACCAAACGCAGCUCAGAGGAGGAAAGGGGCUCUUCCGGCUCACACCUCCGGGUCACUGUCCGUCACUGAAGGAAGUCAGGGCAGGAACUGAAGCGGGAACCGUGGAGGAACGCUGCUUCCUCGCUCACACACGGCCUAAUGCUUACCUGGCUUUUGUAUACCUAGGGAAUGGUGCCACCCACAGUGGACUGAGCCCUACUGAAUCAAUCAUCAAGCAAGACAUGCCUGCCACGGGCCAGCAUGGCAAAGACCAUUCUUCAUUUAAUUUUCCCUCUUCCCUGGUGACUCUAGAUUGGGUUACGUGGAUAAUAAUAAAAACUAACCGGGACACAGGGCA